CAAAGCAACAUGGCUGUCUUCAAGCCUGAAAGUGUGGAAGACUUUUAUGAGAUAGGGGAAGCUUUGGGAAGUGGGCAUUUUGGUCAGGUUCGACAGGUUCGAGAGCGGGCCACUGGGACUUUUUGGGCAGGCAAAUUCCUGAAGAUUCGGAAGAACACGUGCAGCCGUCUGGGCCUGGACAGGAACAGUGUGGAGCAGGAGGUGGAGAUCCUCCAGGCAAUACAACAUCCAAACAUCGUGACUCUCAAAGACGUCUUUGAGAGCCGAGCUGAGGUGGUGCUCAUUCUGGAGCUUGUUAGUGGAGGGGAGUUGUUUGACUUCAUUGCUGAGAAGGAGAACCUGCUGGAGAGUGAGGCUAUUGAGUUCAUGAAGCAGAUCCUGGAGGGACUGGGAUUCAUGCACAGCAAGAACAUUGCCCAUUUUGACCUCAAGCCAGAAAACAUCAUGUUGUCAGACAAAGAGUCACCACACUCCAACAUCAAACUCAUCGACUUUGGCCUGGCCCACCAUUUUCAUCAAGGGGAGGAGUAUAGAAGCACAAGUGGCACCCCGCAGUACAUUGCCCCUGAGGUGAUCAACUGUGAACCCCUUAGUACAGCAGCAGAUAUGUGGAGCAUCGGGGUCAUUACCUACAUACUAUUGAGUGGUUUGUCACCAUUCCAAGGUGACACUGAUGAAGAGACUCUAAGGAACAUCACUGUCAUCAACUAUGAGUUUGCUGCACGGUAUUUCAGCAUGACCAGCUCCAUGGCCAGAGACUUCAUCCAGAAACUCUUGGUGAAAAAUCCCAAUGAUAGAAUGACAGCUGUGGAGUGUCUGCUUCAUCCAUGGAUUAAGCCUAUCACAUGCAAACAGGUGGCCAAUAGGAAUCGAUCUUCAAUCAAUAUGAAGAACUUCAAGAAGUUCAAUGCCAGAAGGCAAUGGAAGAUGUCCUAUAACAUGGUGUGGAUGUGUAACCGGCUGAUCCAGUUGAAACUGCUGAGUAAGGGCAACUUAGAUUCAGAUCCUUUGCAGAGACAAUGUGAAAGCGACGUAGAGGACACUGAAAGCAAGCCUGCCUCUCUGCUGCGUCGAAGACUCAGCAGCAGUUCAUAG